AGCUGGAAAAAAUACCGAUCAGCUAACGGUGACCGGAGCAGAUCCCGUAGUGGGACGUAAAGUUCAAAACAAAAUUGUUGGUUUGAUGGAAGGAUUAGUACCCGAUAACCAAAAAGAGCUCAUGGAUGGUGUAAUUGCUGAUGCUACUCGGUAUCUUGCUGUUCAUCUUUUACAACCACGUGUGAUCCAAGUGUGCAAGUGCAUGAAGAGCGUGUUCGUGCAAUGCGAGUUGUGGUGCGACGAGAUCUUCAGGCGCAUGUCCCGCCCGUGCUGCUCAUGCUCGCGGCAGCUGGUGAUGCAUACGCUGUCAGAUCUAGCGCCCAACGAGCUGCUCCAACCGUCAACUCGGGGAGAUCGCGUCUACGGGCCCGGUGUCGAUAUCACCAUCAGGCCCUGCCCUGCGCCCUCAUGCCCCGCGAACGACCCCACAUGCCCCGCGGACGCCCCAACAGAGGGCUGCCAGACCUCCUAUAUGCUCUACUCCACCGAGUACGACCGACAGCGCCAGUACCUCGAUUCGCCGACCAAACUCGCACGCUCGUCCUUCCACGACACUAACAUCAGCGACUUGUCCCUCGAAGCGUUAAGUCCAUCUUCCGAAGAACGUACAUCUGAAUCUAUACCCUCGAGCUCAUACUUUUUAACCCAAUCGCACUCUGAGGACAUGUCUAAGUCCUGGUCGUACCAUACAACAUCGGCACCAUCUACCGAUCAAUGUGGUGCCUUUGAAGCUACCAGGUCAUCGCCGGGCUUCGCUUGGAGAUCACAUCGUCCAUUACGUACGCAAACUAAUCCGGCAACACUAUUCUCAGAGUUGGGCUAUACUCGUAUUGAGACUACAAAUCCAGAUUCAAAUGUUUCAGGCAUACCGGUGAUCUCAACCGAUCAAAUGGGCGACUGGCACGCAAUGAUGGUGAGCCUGACGUGGAACGUGCAAGCCUGGCGCAAGUGGAUACAAGAGACCGUGGACCGCGCGCUGUCAUAUCAGCACAGUAGUCAUUUGACAGAUAAACCUGCAGAAUCAUGGAAUAAUUUUCGGAAAAAAAUAACUACAGAGGCCCUACAAUGGCGCCAGUACAAUCUUUUCAGUCGGCAGUUGAUUCUGAGACUUGUUCUCCGGUACCAGGAUAAAAAGGUAAAGGAGACCGAUUCAUUACGACUGCCCCCAUCUACUACGGACUCACAGAAACAAGAUUUGCGAUGGAAUUACUUCAAAAGUAAAGUGGAGGAAUAUGCUGAAGAUUGGAAAAACUUCAAUACGCAAAUCAUUAAAAUAAAUUGGGAAAACCACUUCAUGGGACUCAUUCCAGAAUGGAUAUCACUGUGGAAAUCAGGCGGGCCGGUGUGGGUGGUGAGCGCGUGCGGCGCCGUGCCGAGCGGCGCGGUGAAGGCCGACGAGGACACGUGGGUCGCGCGCACCACGCACCGCGGCCGCGUGCUGCCCGCCGCCCUGCGCCCCUCCAAGCACUGCUGCGUCCUGUACGCGCAGGGCGCCGUGCACCACUAUACCAGGUACCAGGUACUAUGCAACGCGGACGUGGAGUGGAUCCCUUGGCGGUCGGACGGGUCGGUGCCGACGCGUUCGGUGGUGGUGGCGCCGCGCGUGCUGGUGGGGCGCGUGCGCUACCGCGGCUCGUUCCUGCUCGGCGCGGUGCCGGCGCCCCACUACCGCUGCCACAUCGUCAUCCUCGGCCGCCCCUUCGCUGUCAACACCUACGACCUGCUGGUCUUGGUGGACACGGACACCGACGGUGACGCGCUCUAGCACGCCGUGCGUGCCGGACAGGCGCACCAUGUCGCCCGUGCGGAACAUGUCCGUCGCGUUGGCCGCGCCCACUAUGCACGGCAGCCCGUACUCUCGCGCUAUCACCG